GCUCCGACCAAGCACUUCAGCAAAUCCACCAGCAGUGUGCGAUUCGCGUUCACAAACCCAACCGACAACAAUGUCGCUGGUGAGGCGCGGCCGCGUGUUCGACCCCUUCGCCGACUUCUGGGACCCCUUCGACGUCUUCCGCUCCGUGGUGCCCGCGGCAUCGACCGGCCGCGAUACCGCCGCCUUCGCCAACGCGCGCAUCGACUGGAAGGAGACCCCCGAGGCGCACGUCUUCAAGGCCGACCUCCCCGGCGUCAAGAAGGAGGAGGUCAAGGUCGAGGUGGAGGACGGCAACGUCCUGGUCAUCAGCGGCCAGCGCAGCAAGGAGAAGGAGGACAAGAACGACAGGUGGCACCGCGUCGAGCGCAGCAGCGGCCAGUUCAUGAGGCGGUUCCGCCUGCCGGAGAACGCCAAGGUGGACCAGGUGAAGGCCGGGCUGGAGAACGGCGUGCUCACGGUCACCGUGCCCAAGGCCGAGGUCAAGAAGCCUGAGGUGAAGGCCAUCGAGAUUUCUGGCUGAGAGCUCGAUCUUCAAGGUCGCGCAAGCUAUGUCGUGCUCGGGUCAGUGUUUGCUCGUCGUGUUCCUGAAUGCUGUGCUCUGAUGAUGUCGUACGUGUCGGUCAUGUUGUGGUCAGUGUUGUGCUUGCCGGCUUGCCGCGUCGACCCGUGAGCGGCAUUGGUAUUUGUGUGUUUGUCAGUGCAGUCGUCUUUGGGUGUCAUGGUGAAUAAAUGAAAAUAUAAAGAGUUUCUCUUGUACUA